GAAAAAUAUCCAGUGAGCAGAAGCUCAGUGGAUGAGAAUGCUUUGUUGAUGUCAGAAGACAAUGACCAGACUACUUCCAGCUCUUCCAGGAAGGCUACAGGAAGUCAAAUAAACACUUGCUCACAACAGCUGAAGCUUGACGCAAACGGGCUACAGCAAGCGAGGAUGCAGUGUCCACCAAAAUUGGAUAAAGAUCAUUAGAACAUUAGAAAAACGCUGCCUGGUCUGAUAAGUCUGGAUUUCUGCUGCAACAUUCAGAUGUUCAGAAUAUGGAGUAAACAGCAUGAAAGCAAUGAUCAGUCCUGCUUUGUAUCAAAGGUCCAGACUGCAGGUGGUGUAAUGCUGUGGAGGAUAUUUUCUUGGUACACUCACAGGCACACUUACUACUAACUGAGCAUUGUUUAAACCCCACAGCUUUGCUGAGCAUUGAUGCUGACCAUGUCUGUCCCAACAGUGAAUCUAUCUCCUGAUGCCUGGUUCAAGCAGGAUAACACACCAUGCCACAAAACUAAGAUAAUCUCAAACUGGUUUCUUGAACAUGCCAAUGAGUUUGCUGUACUCAAAUGGUUUCCACAGUCAUCAGAUUUGAAUCUAGUAGAGCACCUUUGGAAUGUGUUGGAACAGGAGAUUCAUAUCAUGGAUGUGCAGAAGACUGCAGCAACUGUGUGAUGCUGUCAUGUUAAUAUGGACCAAAAUCUUUGAGGAAUGCUAAUGUUUCCUCUUUCCAUCACUCAGGUAUUAAAAAUCCACCAAUGGAAAAGUUUGUGAUUCAGGAUCGGAACAAACGUCGCUGCACCAGUGACACUCCAGCAGCAAGUCCGAGAAAAAAGAUUAAACAGGAAAGAGACGAGAAAAUGAAGGAGGAAGACUCUGAAGAUGAUGAGGAUACAGCCUUUGCAGAGUUCUCCAAUCCCGUUCCCUGGCAAAAAAUAGAAGCAGAGGGACUAGACUGUGAUUAUGCACUGCUUUUCUCUAAAGAGGAGGCAGACUGCCUUUUUACACAGCUGGAGGAGGAGGUGGUGUAUGCUACAGGUGAAGAGUCAAAGGUCCAGGUGUAUGGAAAGGUGUACAACAUACCAAGAAAGCAGGCCACGUAUGGAGACGCAGGCCUAACGUACACUUAUUCUGGGGUGAGGCGUAUAGCCUGCCCAUGGACUCCAACUUUGGAAUACAUUCGAGACACUGUCACUAAAACGACAGGACAGACAUUCAACUUUGUCUUGGUCAACAGGUACAAAGAUGGGCAGGAUCACAUGGGCGAGCACCAUGACGACGAGAAGGAGCUGGACCCCCGCUGUCCCAUCGCGUCAGUCUCUCUGGGAGCAGCGCGGGACUUCUUCUUCAAACACAGAGACUCGCGAGGAAAGCAGAGCCGCCGACAAAUUGAACCUGUGAAGCUGGAGCUCGCUCACGGAAGCCUGCUCCUCAUGAACCCGCCGACCAACACCUUCUGGUACCACAGCCUCCCUGUCCGCAAGAAGAUCCUCCUGCCUCGCAUUAACCUCACAUUCAGGCGCAUUCUGCUGGACAGCAAGCGUGAGAGCAAGCCAAAGCCAGGUGUAAGUUAGGGACAUGGCCAUGUGCACAGCCACUAACAGCACAGCUCCAAUUUAAGCAACUUGACACUCUGGAGGAAGACUGUCUUAUUUAUUUGUUUUCAGUGAAUCGGCAUCUAACUUUACUCAACUCAUAUUCAUGUUUCUGUUCGAAAAGAAGGCAAAGACUUCAGAUCAAUAAAUGUAAACAGUUAAGUUGACUUGUGAGAUUGUUUGUUCUCAUUGAUUGGACUGCUGCUGUACUCUAGCAGCUCUGGAAAGUAAAAGGUCACUGGGUUGCAUUUAAAGGAAAGGCAUGUAAACAAUGAAAAUGUACUUCUUAGUGGAUUGUGAGGUUGGUCCAAAUAGAGACUGCUUUAAUCAGACUUCUCUUUAAUGGGCUUAAUGGGUAUGAGAGGGGGGUGCAUGACUUCAGCAUCAGUUUGUUCCCUGGAUAUGGAAAUAUUUGUUAAUACAGGAGCUUUUUUUUAUGUUCCAGAGUUGUCAGAUUCCAAGGUUAUAUACACUCGCCAAUUUAUUAGGUUGGACCCCUUUUACCUUCAGAGUAGUCCCCACAUAUUUUGGUCCAUGUUGACAUGAUAGCAUCAUGUAGUUGUUUUAGAUCCAUGAUGCAAAUUUUCUGUUCGCCGCCACAUCCCAAAGGUGGUCUAUUAUAUUGCUGCCACAAUCAUUAGAUGGCAAAUUUUGGUAAGACUAUACCAAUUGUAGCCUCAAUUUUCUAUUGUUAGCUGAAAGGAGUAGCACCCAAUGUGGUCUCCUGCUGCUGUAGCCCAUCUGCUUUGCAGUUCCAGCAUUCAGAGAUGCUCUUCUGCAUGCCUUGGUUGUAACAAGUGGUUGAGUUACGGUUGCUUUCAGAUCAGCUGGAGGCAGUCUGGACAGUCUUCUCUGACUCUGGCACUUAGAACUGCAGCUCACUGGGUAUUUUCCUUUUCAGACCACACUCUGUAAACCUCAGAAAUGAUUGUGUGGGAAAGGUCCAAGUAGAUCAGCAAUUUGAUUAGGGUGAACAUUUGAUCAGAUAAAAGAUUUGCUGCCUUUGGUAUACCAGUAACAAG